ACAAACACUUUGGUUCUGAAUAAAAAAUUAAAAAUGGCUUUUUCAACUCUUCUUCACUACAGACCCACUCCAUUUCUAUUUCCUCCGGCGCACUGUUCACCUUCAGUUCCCAGAAGAAGACCCCCACCUCUUCUGAAUCCAAAACCUAGAAAACCCAAUUCCAGAAUACCGUUGCUGAGAACCAAUGCCGUGUCGGUGCAGGGGGCGGUAUCGGAGGCCAUUAGCCUGAUCCAAUCUACUCCGCCGUCGUGGCAGUCGGCGUUGCUCAGUAACCUCCUUAUUUUUGUUGUGGGAUCCCCAAUUCUGGUCUCUGGCUUGUCUCUGUCCGGAUUUUGUGCUGCGUUCUUGCUGGGUACUCUCACUUGGCGCGCUUUUGGGCCGUCUGGGUUCCUUCUUGUUGCUUCAUACUUCGUUUUUGGCACAGCUGCCACGAAGGUUAAAAUGGCUGAAAAAGAGGCUCAAGGGGUGGCUGAGAAGAGGAAAGGGAGACGUGGGCCAGGCAGUGUGAUUGGUUCUAGCGCUGCUGGUUGUAUAUGUGCUUGUCUCACAAUAUAUGGAGUGGGAGGAAAGGCAUUUUCUCAGCUUUGGCGGCUUGGGUUUGUUGCCAGUUUUUGUACUAAGUUGAGUGACACUGUCUCAAGUGAGAUAGGAAAGGCAUUUGGAAAAACAACGUACCUAGUUACAACUUUCAAAGUAGUUCCAAGGGGAACAGAGGGAGCUGUGAGUGUUGAAGGAACUGUUGCUGGACUUUUGGCAUCUAUAAUUCUUGCCUCUGUUGGUUGUCUGAUGGGUGAGAUAAAUGUACUUGGGGCUGUGGCAUGCAUGAUAGCUUCCCAGAUUGCUAAUCUUGGUGAAAGCAUAAUAGGUGCUGCACUCCAAGAGAAGGAAGGAUUUCAAUGGCUCAACAACGAUGCUGUUAAUGUGAUCAACAUAACGAUGGGCAGUAUUUUAGCUAUCUUGAUGCAACUAGUUCUCCAAAAUUGGCUAAUGUAAGUUCUCCAAGGGUCACAUAACAUCUCCUUCCAUGCCUUCGUUGAUGUAUAAACCAGGGUGAGCAUUGGAAAAGCCAUGAACCUCAUGGAAGGAGACACCCAAAUCACAGGGUAGUUAUCUGCGAAUGGAUCCUGCGCUCAUCUUAGAGUGUUAACAUGAUCCCCUGGAUAGUUUCCAGUUGCAGCUAACCAUUUAUAUUAUCUGUUUUCAUUCUUCUGAUGUCAAACAUGUGGUACUCAAGAGUGAAAAUGAAGUCAACUUAUGUAACUUUAUCGAAAAUGUGUUUUAAGUCCGGGUUGCAUAAAAAAAGUGCAAUCCGGAU